AUGGGCAACAAGCAGACAGUCUUCACUCAUGAGCAGCUGGAAGCAUAUCAGGACUGCACCUUCUUCACGAGGAAGGAAAUCAUGAGGCUCUUCUAUCGCUACCAGGACCUGGCGCCCCAGCUCGUCCCCCUCGACUAUACCAGCCGUCCUGACGUGAGGGUGCCCUACGAGCUCAUCAGCAGCAUGCCUGAGCUGAAGGACAACCCGUUCCGACAGAGGAUUGCCCAGGUCUUCUCUGAAGACGGGGAUGGCCACAUGACGCUGGACAACUUCCUGGACAUGUUUUCUGUGAUGAGCGAAAUGGCUCCCCGUGACCUCAAAGCCUACUAUGCUUUUAAAAUCUACGACUUUAACAAUGAUGACUACAUCUGUAUGUGGGACCUGGAGCAGACGGUGACCAAGCUGACGCGGGGGGAGCUGAGCGCCGAGGAGGUGACCCUGGUGUGCGAGAAGGUGCUGGAUGAGGCCGAUGGGGACCACGAUGGGCGGCUGUCCCUGGAAGACUUCCAGAACAUGAUCCUGCGGGCACCCGACUUCCUCAGCACCUUCCACAUCCGCAUCUGA